CGACUAUCUCUCUCUUGCACACGUAAAUUUGUACCUUAAAAGUUAAAACAUGUGCAUUUGUUUUUAAGCGUGCGUCGUUGAUACUCAAAAAAAAAAAAGAGUCAAACAAGGAUACCUAUAUUUGUCAAAAAAAUAGAUAUACCGUGGAAGGUGCGCCUUCAGGCUUCAAGAAAAAGCCGGUAAAUAAAGCGCAUCGUCGCAAUACGUAUAUUGAUAUAUUCGCAAAUAUAUUCUAGAUUCAUCCAACUUGUACUUGUAUACCCAAACAUCCAAACACCAUAAAUACACUAAAGUGCAUAGUCAAUGUAUGUGAAUUGUGAAAUAAAUAAAUAACAUUUAAUUAAAAAAGUUGUCAAAUAAAAAUAACAAAACAAUCAAAAAGACGUCAUCAUAAAAUGUUUGGAAGGCCAUCUGAAAGAAAAUAUCAAUUGGCAGCACAAAAACGUCACGAAGAAGCUGUAAAAUUUGAUUAUUACAAUCAAACAGCAAAAUAUUGGGAACGUGAAUGUGGAAAAGCUAAAAAAUUUAAUACCUGGAAUGUUGAUGAAUUAAAAUCAAAAAAAUUAGAAAAUAUAAAAAAAGCUGAAGCAUUAAAAAUACGUCAAAAUAAAUUACGUGAAAUUUUAAAUACUGACGAAGAAAUAUAUAAUCGUGAAAAUAAAAAUUUAGAAUCAAAAACAUUAAAAAAAGAAGAAUUUACAAUUGAAGCACUUAGAGAAAAAUUACAAGAAAAAAGAACUGAACAAAGUCUUUAUAAUCCUCAUACAUUUAAAAGAAUUCAAUCGUAUUUUUCAAAUCCAAGUAAAGCUGAUUGUGCUAUAUUAAAAAAUAACAAAAUGAGUGGAAAUAGUAUCAACAGUUUUGAUGGUAGUGAUAACAACAAUAUGAUGUCAUCAUCACCAAAUCAUGGUUUAUGUUCAAAGAUGGAUGACUUUAAAAUUCGUGCUCAAGAAUUUAAAGAUAAUCGUAUUGCUGCACAAGGAUCAAAUAUUUCAACUUAUUUAAAUAAAUCACCAAUUGAAAAUGAUGCAUCACCAACACCUUAUUCUGGUGGUGGUUCAAAUACAUCAAUGCAAUCAAAUUCAUCAUCAAAAUCUGAUAUCAAUGAGACUGAUUUUAAUAAAUCAAUAAAUGAAAUUAAUCAAAAAAAUAAUGCUGAUGCAUAUGAUAUUCGUUCACAAGAAUUUAAAGACAAUCAAACUGCUGGUGAAGGAACAAAUAUUGGUUUUGUUCAUAAUAAAAAAUUUUUUGAAAAUGAACUUGAUUCACGUGGACCUGACAGACGUCAUAUCACAAUGGGUAAUCAAGUAUUUUUAGAAGAUGAUUCUUCAACAAAACCUGUACAUCAAUAUCAUGAAAAUGAUUUACAUCAUACUGCUGCAUUUGAUACAAGAGCUCAAGAGUUUAAAAAUAAUCAGGCAGCAAGUGAAGGAUCAAGUGUUGGAUUUUAUCAACCUUAUCAAUCAUCACAAAAACGUAAUGAAAAUAAAAAUAAUAAUGAACUUCAUCAUACUGCUGCUCAUGAUAUUAGAAGUGAAGAAUUUAAUACAAAUCGUGCUGCUGGUGAAGGUUCAAAUAUUGCACAUGCACAUCAAGAUGAACAACCAAUGCAUGCAUCAAAUAGACGUCAUUUUUUACUUGGAAAUAGAGUUAUGCUUGGUGAUAAUUCAUCAAAUAAAUCAGUAAGUGAAAAUAAAGGAAAUGAUCUUCAACAUACUGCAGCAUAUGAUAUUCGUGCAAGAGAAUAUAAAACAAAUCAAACAGCUGGUGAAGGUUCAAGUAUCUCAUUUGGUCAUGAAAAACCAUAUUUUCAAAAUGAACUUGGACCACGUGGAUCUGAUAGACGUCAUAUUUAUCAGGGUAAUCAAACAUUCCUUGAGGAUGAUUCAUCAACAAAACCAAUUGAUGAUGGUAGUCGUAGAAGUCUUCAACAAAUUGAAGCAUUUGAUCUUAAAGCACAAAAAUUUGAAGGUAAUCAAACUGAUGAUGAGAGUUCAAAUAAUAAAUAUUCACUUGAUAAAGAAAGUAAUAAUCUUCAUCAUACCAAGGCAUAUGAUAUUAGAGCACAAGAAUUUAAAGAAAAUCAAGCUGCUGGUAAUGAGGGAUAUAAUAAUAAAAAUUUAAUUGACAGUCAACAAAAACAAUUUCAACAACGUGAUCAUGAAUCUUAUGGAUUAGAAAGACGUCAUUAUGCUGAAGAUGAUAAAUUAUAUAUUGAAAAUGAUUCAUCAAAUAGACAUGUUGAUGGAAAAAAGGGUAAUGAUCUUCAUCAUACCAAGGCAUUUGAUAUUAGAGCACAAGAAUUUAAAGACAAUCAAGCUGCUGGUGAAGGUUCAGGUUUUACAUUUGGUAAUGAAAAAUCACAAUUUUCACAAAAACAAUUACGUCGUGGUUCUGAUUCAAGUGGUGGUUCAUCAUCAUCAUCAUCAAAAAAAUCAUUUGGACAACAAGAUAAUGCUUCAGCUUGGCGUCCAAAUUCAAAAUAUGCUGAUAGAUACAAGCGUAGAAGUCUUGAGGGUACAAAUGUAUCUGAUACUGCUGGUUCACGUGAGGCAACACCACCUCUUGCUUCUGAUGAACAUGAGCAAAAUAAUCAAACUGAUAAACAACAAAAUCAUCAUGAAAAUUUAACAAGUCAUCAUAAUACACCAGUUCAUCAUUAUAUUGAUCAUUAUAAUAAUGAAAAAAGUCAAAUGGAAGAUGAAACAGAUAAAUCAUCAAAUUACAAUAGAAAUGCUUCAUUUUCAAUGCUUGCUUAUUUAACACAUUCAAAAUUAAAAAGUCAAAUAAUGGAUUUAGAAAAAAGAGAAUCACGUGCUGUUACAAAACAAGAAUGGGAAGAUGCACUUCGUCUUCGUGAAAUGCGUAAUAAUCUUGAACUUUUCCGUGAAAAAAGAAUGUGGGAACAUCUUGAUGAUAAUGUCAAUGACGAGGUUAAAAAACAAGCAUGGGAUACUAUUCAAACUCGUAUUGAUCAAUUGAAACAACGUGUUAAUUUUUGUGAAAAUACAGAACUCUACAGUGAAGAGGCUAAACUUACAUGGAAAAAAUGGGACAGAGAAGAUCAACAAUCUUCAUUGAUUGCAGUUGAAAAAUAUCGUCAGUCAUUAUUGGAAAAACUUGAAGAAGAAUGGCAACAACUUGCUGGUGCUGAAAAAAUUAAAGUAACUGGUUUAUUUGAAAAGUCAAUGGCAAGUCAAUUUCAGCAUGAAAUGUGCCUUCUUUCAAAGUUAAAUCGUCAUUAAGAUAUUUAUUAUUUUUGUUCACGUUAUUUUUAACACAUUAAUUUAAAAAAUGACAUUUUUUUUUUUCACAUAUACACUAUAAAAAUCACAAUGAUAUAUAUAUUUGUGAUAUUUUAUUUAUUGUCUGCAAAAAAAAGCUUAAAAACGCACAAUAAAAAUACUAAUUAUAAUACUAAAUUAUCAAGUAAAAAUAAAGUUAAAAAACGAAAAAAUUUAAACAACAAAUCCAAGUGAAGCAUAAAUAAUAAUUAUUUUAAAAAAAAUAAAUUUUCGGUAUAUUUUUUAUGAUAAAUCAGAGCUUUAAACUAUUAAUGAUGAACAAAUUAUAAAAAAAAAAUAUAAAAAAAAACAAUAUGAGUUUAUAUAAUUGAAUACUCUAUUUUUGUUAUAAAAAAAAAAAAAAUAAUAAUUGCACGCAUUUAAUCAAAGAAUAUAUAUUAACUCAUAACUAUAACGAUAAUUGCAUUAAAAAUAUUAUAAUAAACUGUUACACUCACAAAAGUCAUCAACGAUACUGAAAAAUAUUAUUUAAUAAAAUUUAUGUUAUUUGAAUGAUUUAUUUUUGGUCAGAGAAUAAUAAUAUUUUUCAGUUGAAAUUGAUAAUUUGCAUCGACCGGGUUUUUACCUAUUAAUUAAUAGGAGUUUCCCUUGGUCCAUAAGCGCAAAUGCGGUGCAGCUAUUAGAAUGCAAUGAUUUACGAGAGAAAGUUACUAUUAUAUAUAUUAUAAAAAUAAUAAUGUUUAUUUAUUAAAUAGAUAUAUCAAUAAGCCAAUAUCUUAAUAAACUGCCUUUACAGACUGACAAAUUAAUAAUGCUCUUGAAACUAACUCAGGUAAAUCUCAACAUUUGAUACUCUUUUUUUAUAUAAAAGAAAAAAAAUUAAAAAAACAAAAGACCUGAUAAUAUUUAUAUUAUUAUUCCAAAAUUCAAUACUUUCUCUCUAUUAUUAUGCUAAGAAUUAUUUGAAUAUUUAAUUCAAAAAUUAUAUAAUCAUUAUUAAAGUGCGUUAGAAAUUAAACAUUAUUUAUCAAACUAAAUAAGUAACAAUGCUUGAAAAUAAUAAUUCAUUGUGACAUAUGUUGCAUAUACAUAUAAAAAGUUGAAAAAUACAAUGAAUGUAAUAAUUAAUAAAUGUAUCACUAUAAAUAUAAUUAAUAAAUAUUUAAUAUUUUAGUGCUUG